AUGGAUAUUCUGCUCACCCACGGCCCGCCAAAGUGGCAUCUCGACGCAAAUGCACUGGGCAAUGAAUAUCUACUAAAGGAAUUGCAGCCAACGAAGCUUCCGCUGGUUGUAUUUGGGCAUAUACAUGCUGGGUAUGGUUAUGAUGUUGUUGCUUUUGACCAAGUGCAGGUGGCGUAUGACGAUAUUGUUUUUGGCAAGAAGGGGAUAGUGCCACUUAUUAAGAUGGUAUUCCAUCUAUUAAUUGACAAGACUUACAAGAAAUGGAUUGGGUCAAGGCCGAAGGUUACGAGGCUGGUGAAUGCCGCUGUAGUUGGAGGGCGACGUAAUGAAGAAACGAGGCCGCCUAUAGUUGUAUCCCUGUAA